CUCUUCUCGCACCACGAUCCGCUGUCGUAGAUGUCCACGAUACCCGCCUCGGUACGAUCGCAGAUCGCUUCUCGCCUCGAGGCGUUUGCUCGCUGCACACAACAGCCCAAGCCCGUCCAUCUGAUCUACUCGACAAGAAAUUCCUGGCCAUACCUCAACAAUUAUGAUUCGACAUCAACGGGUGACAAGAGCGGCAUGGCAGAAAGUUCUCGCUCUGCGGAUCCCACACCGGAUCAGGAUCUCGAUAUUGCCGUGCUGGACUCUUCCUUCAACCCACCUCACCUAGCUCACCUCAGCCUCGUCUCCUCUUCACCUUUUCUAUCUCGAUCUGCACCACCUUCCUCAAGCCGGAAACACUACGACGCCCAUCUGCUGCUGCUCUCCUCGAAGAAUGCAGACAAAGGUUCAGGGAAAGCAGGAGACGCAUCGCCUGAGCAGCGGUUGAGCAUGAUGUACCUCUUGGCCAAGGACUUGGAGCGCAAGUUGAGCAGUGAAGGGUCCAAGGAGCCCAAUGUAGCCGUUGUAGUCGUCGAGGAGCCCUUGAUGAAGGAUAAGAGCACACUGCUGCAUAGCUUCUUCAAAGAGCAGACAGAAGGCGGACGGGGUCAGAGCAAUGGGGCCGGUCUUGUACACCGAGCGAGACCGAGAUUGCACUGGGUCGUGGGAUGGGACACCAUCAUCCGCUACUUUGCCCUCAAGUACUACCCCUCUCCAGAGAGCUUCGCCCGCUCCUGCGACCUCUUCUUCAAUCAGGAAGGCACAACUUUCGUCGCCGCCCGUCGAGUCGUCGGCGGCUCUGCACCCGACCGAUCAGACGACGCAGAACAGUCAGCUGCUAGUCUGCGCAAAGAGGAAGAUAAAUUUCUGGGCUCGGAUCUGGUACGGCCUUGGGUGGAAAAGGGGAGCGUGACCAUGUUCGAUUUACCGAAGGAGGCAAGGGGUGUGAGCUCUACGCUUGUACGCAGUAUUCUGCUGGAAGACGGAGUGAGUGGUAAGGAGAAGCUGAGGAAGCUGAGACAGGGUGACACGGUGUCAGAGGAUCUGGCAAAGUACCUGGUCGAAGAGGAUGUGUAUAAGAAGACGGCGUGAGCAGUCUGCCUCUUGGAUUGGAGUUUGGUUCGCAUUGAGCGCCAGUCAAUAUCGGUGUCACAAUACAUGUUUGUAUGUUGU